UCAACCCAGCACAAUUCAGGUGUUCUCCUCCCCCUCCCAGUACGUCCAGGUGUGUCAUUUAGCAGAGCCUUGCCUCCAAUCCACCUCCCUUCCUUGCGGAGAGACAACUGGCAAGGUUAAUUCAGAGAGAAGAGCCAGUGGAGAGAGCUACCCUCUUCUCAGGGGCUGAGGAAGGAGCGAGGGUGAGAGAACAAGCGGUGGAGAAGAGCCAGCUUGGUCUGCCGUGCAAUGGAAACGGGGAGUGCAGCCAGGACAAAUGGCACCGCUGUGAAACAAGAGGAUGCGAAGAGCCCAUCCAGCCCGAAGAAAAAUGGAGAGGAAGCCAAGAAGCCCACCAGCCCCAGCAGGGGAGAGGAGACGGUGAAGAGCACUGGGGGCUUGUCUCUGGAGACAGGGCAAGUGAAGAGCUCUCUCUUCCCUGGCGGGGAAUGGAAGAGGCCCAUCAUCCAGCUGGUGGAGUCUGCCGAUGAGAAGCGGUCGAGCUACUUCAGCAUGGACUCGGGGGAUGCCAAGAAGUUGCCGUACUCGGGAGUGCAGCUGGGAGACUUCAAGAAGCCCCCGUUCUCAUUCACAGAAAAGGGGGACUUCAAGAAACCCUUCCUGGCAGCAGAGCUGAAGAAGAACUUCUUGGCCACUGAUGGGGAAGGAAGGAAGCCACUGUUUCCUAGCUCGCAGUUUGGGGACCUGAAGAAGCCGUCUCUCCCUUUUGUAGAGACUGGGGACCUGAGGAAACUAAACUUCAACAGGCCUGAGCGUGUGGCCGGGUCAAGGCCCAGGGUGAAGCUGGAAGAUGUCUUGUGCGACUCCUGCAUCGACAACAAGCAGAAGGCCGUGAAGUCCUGCCUGGUGUGCCAGGCUUCCUUCUGCGACCUGCAUCUCAAGCCCCAUCUGGAGGGCGCCGCUUUCCGGGAUCACCAGCUGCUGGACCCCAUCAGGGACUUUGAGGCGAGGAAGUGCCCGGUGCAUGGGAAGACCAUGGAGCUGUUUUGUCAGACAGACCAGAUGUGCAUCUGCUACCUCUGCAUGUUCCAGGAGCACAAGAACCACAUGGGCCACCAGCGCUGGCUCUCAUGGGUCUCCUUCUCUCCCCUCCCACAGGCUGAGCUCUCACUGCAGAAGGAGCAGCUGCAGCUGAAGAUCAUCGAGAUCGAAGACGAGGUGGAUAAGUGGCAGAAGGAGAAGGACCGCAUCAAGAACUUCACCACCAAUGAGAAAGCCACGGUGGACCAGCAUUUCAAAGAGCUGGUGCGUGACCUGCAGAUGCAGCGGGACGAGGUGAAAGCUGCCUUGGAACAGAGGGAAAAGCUAGCGAGUGAGAACAUCAAAGAAAUUGUGCAGGAGCUGGAAGAGAGAUCCAAGUUGCUGCAGGAGGACAAGGACACCAGGGACCAGAUACAUCAGAUCAGCGACUCGGUGCUCUUCCUGCAGGAAUUUGGGACUUUGAUGAGGAACUACGUCCCCCCGACAUCUCUUCCCACCUACAGCGUCCUGCUGGAAGGAGACGGCAUGAGUCCGUCCAUGGGCCUUCUCCGGGACGACCUGCUGAAUGUCUGCAUGAGGCACGUGGAGAAGAUCUGCAAGGCAGACCUUGGCCGAAACUUCAUUGAGAGGAACCACAUGGAGAACGGUGAUCACCGCUACAUGUUCAACAACUACGAGUGGAACCAGCCUGACAGCCUGAAGAGAUUCUCCAUGUACCUGUCUCCCAAAGGCAAUUUCAACACGCGAUCCUGGGAGUAUUCCAGCCUCCAAGCUACAGAGGAGGCUCUUGGUGCUGGCAACCCUGCCUUCUCCUUGAAAGUAGGCAAUGGCACCAAGCUGCCAUUUCAGUUCUCCUCGAUGGGACAGAGCUCACCUGGGGACUUCAGCAAGCAGUCUGAUGGGAGCCUCUACACCAAGACUGCUUACCCUUCAAUAGUGAGGCACCAGUCUGCCAAGGUGACACCCCAGACAUGGAAAUCCUCCAAGCAGUCUGUGCUGUCCCAGUACCGCCCCUUUUACGUCAACAAAGGCAACGGAGUCACCUCCAACGAGGCGCCUUGAUUCCUGCGGGCCGAGGGAACAGCUGGAAGCACCUGGAGCCACGAAUCAACAGAGGAUAUUCAUGGAUGUAUCUGCUACUGUAUUAACCUUGCUGCUGUAAUCUCUGGGGGGCAGGGGGCGGUCUGCGCGAGGGGAAACGAGGACUGUUCCCAAAUCCUAGUUGCCACAGGGCCAUUUCCCGUUUCCCUUGAAAGCUCCGCCGCCCCAGAGACCCAUAACCAGGCAAACCCUCCUCUGCUCUAGCCUCUGCAUUGCCUGCCAUGCACCACCACGCUGCCCGCUCUGCUUCUCUCGGGGAGCCAGGGAUCUUGGGUGGCGUGCACAUGGAGCGCGUUCCCUUGCAUGCUAGCAUGGCCCAUUGCUUCCUGCUCUCCCCAGUGCCUUUGCAUGAACAUAAAUGAUGCUGAGUGAGUUUUCAAUGCUAGUGUAGGAGGUGAAGUUGAGAGCCCUGCAGCCUGAAGUCAAUAGGACAGGGAAAAGCAAGCUCCCUUCAGGUCCCUCUACACAGAUACUUCCCUCUGACCUGUGUUUCUAUCUCUGGGGGGUGGAGGGGACCAGCUCCAUCCUUGACACCCUUUCAGCCUCCUCCUUGCCAAUUUUGGGUGGGUCCUGGCAACUCAUCUCCUGCCGGCCACUGACCAAAGAGCCAUUGCUCGGGAGCUGCUUGCAGUUCCCAUGGCUCUGGGCCAGCUGGCAGUUGAUAGCAGAGAGGCUCUCUAUCCCAUGAAUUGCCACCUUUUCAAAUUAAAGCCACUCCAUCCACCUUUUCAAAUUAAAAAAAACAAAAGGAAAAUCCAUGCUGCUAAUGGAAGAUUGAUUAGAUGUCGCAGGUGACUUUUUUUUCUUUUCUUUUUUUUUAUUCCCCGUAGAUGAAAUUGGCCUGUGUAUCUGGGGUCAGUUCUUUUUCUCUGGGACAGGAAUUAAUAUGAUUUGGUUGCUUUUAGGGUAAUUUUUCAGGACUUAUCCGUCCUCUGGAUCAUGAUCACAUGGGCACUGCCAGCCAGCAGCCGGGGCUAAUGCUCCAAUGACUUAAGUAUUCCCCCCCGGACGGUGGGAUGGGACCGGUGCUGCUCUGUGACCAUCGGGGCCCCAUGUAGCCAGGCACAGAGCAUCGCCGCCUGCAAGGGGCCAAGCGAUCUCAGCUCCCACUAGCUUCAAUGUCUAGCAGUGGGGACUAGCGGCAUGUUGCCUGGCUCUCCGACUACAAAAAGCAGCUGCUGAGCAAGGAAACGAGGGCUCGCAGACUCCUCUUCAUGCUUUGUUCAGCUUGGGUCUCCCUUGGGAUCGCUUCCCACCAACCCACAGCUGUACCCCCACACCUGGCUGGGAAAGGUCGCACCUCCCAUAUGCUGAAAAUGAUUUUGGAGCUAACCCCCUGCCAGCCACGGCGCUGCUUUUUAAUCUGCAACCUCCAACAAAACUUUGGAGGCUGAAAGAUGCCAGCUCCCGAAUAGGUAAUAUGCCACUCCUUUUCUAGGCAUGUUUUAAAUAAAGAGGCCAGGGCGGGUGUGUGGCUUGGAGGGCGCUGGGAUUGGGGAUGUGGCUGUUUGGAGGAAAACAACCCUAGGUAGGCAUGUGUGUGCAUGUGAGAGCGAUGCCAACAAAAGGCUGAUUUGUAGCUCCUCCAUCCAGGGGCCGUGGGGGUAGGAAACACCUAGGUGCCGAUACCACGGGCCCAGGCAAACAGCACAUGAUAAUGGUAUUUGUACAGCAACACGCAGAGAGGGAAGGGGCCGUGGUGCACUGGCUGGAGUGCCAGGACAGGGUACGUGAGAAGAGGAUUGCCUCAGCUGCCUCACCAGCAGGUCGUAGGGAUGUUCAUGCUAUUUUUGCUGAAGACUGGACCUCACCUGCCCCCUCCCUGAGCUCCCCCAGCCUAUAUAUGCCCCAUUCCUGACUCUAUGACAUUGCCCGCUGACAACCCACCUUGCCGCUCUCUUCUAGGGGCCUGAUCUGUAGCGCCCUUGCCUGCAGGGAAGCUCCUCCUGAUCUACCCCUGCAUUUCAGCCAGCAGCCCUUGUUUGCCUGGGGUCCAACACGGGCCAGGUUGGGCUUUCGGUCAGACUGACCCUUGUGGGCUCGGGGAGAUUUGCAUGGGGACUUCGAGGUGACUAUUGCACGAGCCAUUGUAUUAUUUUGCCUGCCUCGAUCAGCAUAGCAAGCAGAUCCUUCGCUACACGUUCUGUCAGGCUGGGCCCAUGGAAACAAGGUCCUUUCAGGGUGCCACUUGUGCUGCAGAAAUAAAGGCAAAAGCCCCGUGUCUGCCCAAGGGCUGGGGAUGGGACUCCUCCUGC